AUGGGUUCCGUGGCCGAAGUUGUCGCUCCCGUGAGCGUCUUGUCCUGGCGAACCGUCAGCGCCCUCGUUGUCGCGUGGAUUGUAUAUCAAUUCAUGCGUGCGCUCUACAAUGCGUCUCCGCUCCAUCCUCUCAGCAAGAUCCCGGGCCCAACGCUGGCGGCCGCAUCUUAUCUAUACGAGUUCUGGUUCGACUUUGUGAAAAAGGGUCGCUACACUCUUGAGAUUAGACGGAUGCAUGAGGUCUACGGACCGAUCGUGCGCAUCAACCCUGACGAGUUGCAUUGCAGCGAUCCCAACUUCACUGACGAAAUCUACGCCAUCAAUGGGAGGAAGCGCGACAAACACGCGUUCCAGCUCAAGAACCUACCGGCCGCCCAAGCUUUAGGCAUCGCUGGCACUGUAGACCACGACCUCCACCGCAGGCGCCGUGGAGCCAUGAACAAGUUCUUCUCACGAAACCAGAUGUUCAAGCUGGAGCCCAAAGUCCACGCCCUGGCCCAGCGGCUUUGCGACAAGCUCCUUGCCGGAGCCGGUGAUCCUGAUAAGGUUGUUCCUCUGACGGAGGCGUACAGCUGCUUCACUUCGGACGUCGUGUCGGACUACUGCUUUGGUGAGGCUUUUGGGUUUCUGAGUCAGGAGGAUUGGACGCCAAACUUCCGCGAGGCGGUGUACGGGCAAUUGAACCACAUGUUCGUUUUCAAGUUCUUCCCGUGGCUCAAGGGUAUCUUGCUUGUGGGACCUUGGUUCAAGGACUAUCUGCCUAAAGAUACGGCGAUGCUCAUCGACACAUUCAACACGGUCAUCCCCAGGCACGUGGAACAGGCCAGAGAGCGAAAGCGUGUGGGAUAUGUCGACGGCAAAGGCACCAACGUCUUCGCCGAGCUCUUCGACUCCGACCUCCCGCCCGAGGAGAAGACGACUAAGCGCCUGUCGGCUGAGGGCGGCGUCGUCAUGAUCGCCGGCACUGAGACGACUAGUUUUACGCUUACCGUUAUCACCUUCUACCUGCUCACCAAACCCGGUAUCCUGGAAAAGCUAACGCAGGAGCUUCGUACCGUCGUCACAGACCCAGAGCAUCUUCCCAGCUGGCCGACGUUAGAGGUGCUGCCGUAUUUUAGUGCGGUUAUUUCUGAAGGCCUGCGACUGGCUCCAGGCGUUGCGUCUAGGACCUCGAGGGUUGCCACCGAAGAGGACCUGGUUUACCGUGGCAAGUGGACGCCGAAGGGGUCCAAGACCGAGGUGGAGUUGAAUUACUUCAUUCCCCGUGGAUAUGCGGUUGGGAUGAGUGCCAUGGUCAACCACUUCAAUGAGAGUUACUUUCCGAAUUCCAACGAGUUUAUUCCCGAGCGGUGGAUGACCGAGGAUCGUCAGCAGAGGAGGGAGCUGGACAAGGCUUUCAUUUCGUUUUCCAAGGGGACUCGGAAGUGUCUUGGAAUGUCGUUGGCCUACGCCGAAUUGCAUCUGGCACUGGCAGCCAUUGUUCUCAGAGUCGUCCCGCGUAUGCAGUUGUACGAUACAACCAAGCGAGAGAUUGAGUACGACCAUGACUUGGCCGUGCCUGUGCCGGUGAGCACAAGAGGGGUGAGGGUCAAGAUCACUUAG